AUGCCUACCGACGCCCUCGAACAACUGCAAUCACCAGCACAAAUCGAACUCCUGGACGCUGUUGACCGGCUCCGAUUGGAAGGGUGUGGUGAUGGCGAGCUCGAUCUCCCCCAGCUCAUCGUUUGCGGCGAUCAGUCAUCUGGCAAGAGUUCUGUUCUGGAAGCCAUUUCGCGCGUGAGCUUCCCAGCAUCCGACACCUUCUGCACACGCUUUGCUUCUGAGUUGAUUCUCCGCAAAGCAUCUACUACCGACUUUUCAAUCACCUUGAUCCCUGCAUCAGACCGGCCCGAGGAUGAGAAGAGAUACAUCUCCUCUUACACUGCACCGGCAGAGCUGAUGGCCAUCGAAGACUUUCCUAAAGUGGUCAAGCUUGCUGGAGAGCACAUAGACAGACUGCGGCGGCACGAGAGAAGCAGAAGUGCAUUCCUCACGGACAAGCUCGUGGCUCGAAUUCGCGGUCCUCAUCUUCCUCCUUUGACGUUGGUCGAUCUUCCGGGAUUGAUACACACAUCGGGUGACACACAGACAUCACAAGACAUUGCGGUGGUACGAAAGAUACUGAACGACUACAUGAGCGACAAGAGCAGUAUCAUCCUUGCUGUGCUCGCAGCAGAUAACAAUAAAGCGAAUCAAGAAGUCCUACAGCUCGCGAAAAAUCACGAUCAGAUUGGCGAACGAACUUUGGGUAUUAUCACCAAGCCAGAUAAAGUCGACGCGGGUUCAAACAACGAGAUUGAGUGGAUCAAACGCACUCAGGGCAACGCCUCUUCGCCCCGCCUAGGCUGGCAUGUGCUGAAGAACAGAUCAUUCGAGCACAGAGACGCUACAUCCGAUCAACGAGAUGCCCAUGAAACCAAAUUCUUCGAAAGUUGCAACUGGUCUGCAGUGCCCAAGGAUUGUCGUGGCAUUGCAUCUUUGAGAACACGCCUCAGCGUGGUGCUCCUCCGCAAGAUCCGUGAGUGUCUGCCAGGCAUAUCGAGAGGCAUCGACGAUGGUAUUCGGUCGGGCAAAAUGGUCUUGGAGAAGCUUGGUCAACCACGAACAACGACAUCUGAACAACAGAAGUACUUAACCGAGAUCAGCUUUAAGCUGAUGGAGCUUGUCAAAGGCAGCCUCCAAGGACACUAUGGCGGCACGUUCUAUGCUGGAGACGAUGCAGAUGCCAUUGCGUCUCGAAAAAUCCGAUCCAGGCUGCAGGACACUCUUGACAACUUCAUGACUUGUAUGGGCGCCCGUGGACACCUAUUUCUCAUCAGAGAGGACAAGGCUGUAGGGCAAAAGUCCAAAGACAGUGCUCCGAUUGAUCUCUCGGUGACUGCAAAUCUCGGAGCUGGAGAGACAGAACCAAUCGAGGUAUCUCGAAGCGGCUUCCUCCGCAGCACAACAACAUACAUGAAGCAGAACAGAGGCUGUGAUUUGCCGGGGGUUUUGAGCUCAGAAGUCGUGACGCAUCUUUUCCACCUUCAAUCUUGCCCAUGGGAGGCUCUUUCCAACGAGUGCGUCGAUCGUUGUUGGACGCAAGUCGGAGACUUUUUUCGCCAAGCUCUGGAACAUGUUGCAUCGCUGCACACAGCAAACGCCAUAAUGAACGAGUUCGCAGCCGAUCGUCUGGAGUCGAUCCGUGAUGAUCUCUUCAAGAAACUGGGAGAGCUCCUCAAGCCGUACAGGAAAGGCCAUUUAAUUACUCUGAACAGAGCACAACUCCUAGACAUAUGUCAACGAAAGUCUCUCGAGUCCGAGCCGAGGGACGACAAGAAAGACAGCAGCGCCUGGUCCAGAGAUGAAUCCAGUAACGAUUUUGCGGCAGCAUCACAGGCAUUGAACUGCAUGCAGGCCUAUUACCAUAUCGCCGGCCUUACUUUCAUGGAAACAGUAGCCACUCUUGCCAUUGAGAAUUGCUUAGUCGAUGGCCUGCUGGAUCUCUUCACUCCGAUGACUGUGCCGGACUUGGGCAUCGAAGUCUUGCAGGCCCUUACUGCGGAGCCCACGAGCGUUGCCAUUGAGCGACGAAGGAACCAGGAAAAGCUCAAGGUGCUGCGCGACGUAAGCUGUAUCAUCCGCAAACAUUCUGGUCGUGAUGUAUCAACGGACUUUCAAUCGGCCCAUAGCCCAGAAUCUGUUCCUUCGCGCCAAAAAUCACAAGCCGAUGGCCAAGAGAGAGCAAACACCGUCCAUGUCGAUAUCAAGUGCGAAUCAACGCCUGAACCCAAGCCUUUUGCCUUUGCAUCGACCGUCAUAACGCCUCCACCAACUCCACCGAAUGAGCCCGCUAAAGAUGGGUGGCGACGUAGAUCGUCGCGCAAAAGUCCAUCGCCACUAUCGCGAGGGAGCUCAAAAUCGUCCGCAGCUGCUGGUAAGUGA